AUGUCCACUCUUGCAACUGUCGAGCCCACGAGCGGCAAAGCGCCUGUCCUCACCGCUGGAGAUUUGACUCCAGCAGUAGCUAUGGACUUCGAAAAUGCUGCCCAGGAUUUCUUCGUGGCCAAAUCUGUCCCUUCCGAGAAACAGGUCGCGCUCAUCCUUCCUGGCAUCAAGGACAUUUGUAUUCGUGAUUGGAUCACAGCCGACCGUGCACGCAUUUCCGCCCUUCCGUUUGCCGAAUUUAUCAAAGAACUUCGUCUCAACUAUCUUCAGAAUGACUGGGAAGACCAGAUCCGGAACGAAAUCCUUACGUCUACACUCGCAAAUUCACGUAAAUCAUUCUGGAAUUGGUCACAGCAACUUCUUAGCUUAAACUGUCUCCUUCGCAACACCCCCUCUGCCCUUGACGAUGCCGCUCUCCGGAACCACCUUGAAGCACACCUAGACGAUGAGCUCAAGGAAAAGGUCAAACACAGCGACACUCGUAACGACAAGACCUUCAAAUCUUGGGUCGCCGCUGUACGUGUCCUCGACGAAUCUCGUAACAAACGCCAACUCGAUCUUAUCGAAGGUGCGCUCCAGCGCCAGGCGAAACGUCAAGCUACAGAUGCCAACUCGCUUCGUGGGCCCUCCCGUCGUGCCAACACUGCCUCUUCCUCUUCUACGUCGACUACUAGUAACAACCGUCUGGCCCCCCUAACUGAGGGUGAGCGAGCUCUCCUCAAUGAGCAUGAUGGUUGCACCAAAUGUCGGCGUUUCUAUGUCGGCCACCGUUCGCACAAUUGCGAUUUGGGUUUCCCCACAGCAAAGGGUUACAAAACUCUGACUGUGGGGGAUGCAUUAGCUGCAAAGAAAUCGAAAGCAACUUCAUCCAAAUCGACGAAAGCAGUCUCUGCCACCAUUGCCGCCGUCGACUCGAGUGACGAAGAAGUUUCCGCUGCUGCCGCCGUCCUUCCUAAAUCACCGGGAACGUACGAUUCGGAUUCUGAAGAGAAUGCUGACGUCUCCCGUCGUGAUGUGAGUGCUCCGCUGCGCGUUAAGCACUUAUUCUGGAACUGUCAAAUUCACGGGCUGAUCAACGAUUUUCCAGUGGAAGUCAAAGCCCUUAUAGAUAACGGAGCACACCUCGUCCUCAUACGCCUGGAACUUGUUGCUGAACUCAGAUUAAAGAAAUAUCGCCUCCAUGAACCAGAAAUCGUAGAUGUCGCCUUGAAGAACGAUGACGCAAAAAUUAGAUGCGAACUGUCAGAAUACGUCAAAAUUUCCUUCACUUCCUUAGACUGUCAAUGGACCUCGCGCAAAGUCAAGGCCAUCAUUGCGCCAGGCCUUUGCGCUCCUGUAAUACUUGGACUCCCGUUUCUCGAGCACAAUUCAAUUGUAACAGAUCACAGUAACCGUACUUGUAUUGAUAAAAAAUCGAAUUAUGAUCUUUUGCACCCUCCUCCCUGUCUCCCUCCUCCCCCACCUAAACCACGCUUACGCGAACAAAUUAAAAUUACAAAAGCAGAUAAGAAACUAGCAUUGGCCGAAUUACUCUUAACGUGUCAUGACCGCAAACGGGCGGGAAAGGAUAUACCUGAAAAGGUUGAACCCUUUAACGUCGCAGGUGCAAUCCGCAAUCACAUUGAAAUUCUCGCAACACAGGACGUGCUAAGUAAACAUGAAUCGCGCCUGAAAGCGAAAUUUAAAGAAAUCUUCGAACCUAUUCCACAUAUAGAUGAACUACCCAAUGACAUUGUAGCAGAAAUUCAUUUGAAAAACGCGGAAAAGACGAUCAAAACUCGUUCAUACCCUUCUCCGCGGAAAUACAAGGAGGCCUGGCAAAUUCUGAUACAACAACACCUCGACGCGGGCAGAAUUCGACCAUCCUCCUCCCCGUGCGCCUCCCCAGCUUUCAUUGUCCCUAAAGCCAAUCCAAACGUCUUACCUCGGUGGGUCAAUGAUUAUCGGCAACUGAAUGAGAAUACCGUUACCGAUUGCCACCCACUUCCUCGGAUAGACGACAUCCUCAGUGACUGCGCCAAGGGGAAGAUCUGGGCAACGAUUGAUAUGACAAACAGUUUUUUUCAAACUCGCAUGCAUCCAGACCACAUCCCUUUGACAGCAGUUACAACGCCACUUGGCCUUUAUGAGUGGCUGGUUAUGCCGAUGGGUUUGAAGAAUGCCCCAGCAAUCCACCAACGUCGUGUAACGCUCGCCCUAUGUCCUUACCUUGGAAAAAUCUGCCACAUUUACUUGGAUGAUAUCGUCAUCUGGUCAAAUUCUAUUGAAGAACAUGAAAAAAAUGUGUCAACAAUUUUGCAGGCUCUUCGCGAGGCACGUCUUUACAUCAACCCUGAAAAGACAAAUCUGUUCUGUCUCGAAAUAGAUUUCCUUGGCCAUCACAUCAGUGCCCAUGGCAUCGAAGCGGAUGCAAAAAAGGCCGAUCGUAUUCUCGCGUGGCCACAACCAAAAUCUGCAACUGAAGUGCGCGGUUUUCUUGGUUUGGUACGCUACCUAUCUGCCUUCCUCCCCUCACUCGCAGAACACACAGGUAUUCUAACUGAACUGACGACAAAGGAAUCAGAAAAGAAUUUCCCACUGUGGACACCGCGCUAUCAAUCAGCAUUUGACGGCAUUAAGUCAAUCGUCACCAGCCGAGAUUGCUUGACAACGAUCGACUUGUCAAAACUACCAGAACACAAGAUAUUCGUCACGACGGAUGCAAGCGACAAACGCUCUGGUGCAGUCCUCUCCUUUGGUACUACAUGGGAGAGCGCCAGACCGGUCGCGUUCGACUCAAUGACUUUUAAAGGCGCAGAGCUAAACUACCCUGUACACGAGAAGGAACUGUUAGCCAUUAUACGCGCCUUGAAAAAGUGGCGGGUGGACCUUUUGGGAUCCCCAUUUUUCAUUUAUACAGAUCACAAGACCCUCGAGAAUUUCACAACUCAACGGGAUCUUUCACGGCGACAGGCACGAUGGAUGGAAUUCAUGUCACAGUUUGAUUCCAAAAUCGUUUACAUUAAGGGCGAGGACAACACGGUCGCCGAUGCCUUAUCUCGAUUACCAUGCUCAUCUACUUCGCAGGAAGCUGAAUCUGCAGCACGACACCCUUACGACUUUUGCCCAGAUGAUGACUUGGAUGGCAUGAUUGCAAGCAUCUUCGAGUGCAGUGACCAAGGGCCCAUGGACACAGCGGAAUCUCUGGCUAAUGCCACGGCGCCAAUUAAUUCCAUUAACGCUACGCUGAAAAUCGCAGCUGACGAAGCGUUUUUGCAGGACAUCGUCAAAGGUUAUGCAGAAGAUCCAUGGUGCAAAACCUUACCGUCUGCCGCCUUGAGCUUACCAAACUUACAGUGUCGUGACAAUCUUUGGUACAUCGGGGAACGUCUCAUAAUUCCCCGGACUAGUGACCUACGCGAAACCCUAUUCCAACUGGCCCACGACUCACUCGGCCAUUUCGGUUUCCAUAAAACGUAUGGCUCAUUGCGCACGGCGUAUUAUUGGCCAAACAUGCGCCGCGACCUCGAGCAAGGAUACGUUAAAUCCUGCCCAGAUUGCCAACGGAACAAGAGCAGUACAACGAAACCAUUGGGACCGUUACACCCGUUGCCAGUUCCCGAUCAACGGGGUGACUCUGUCGCCAUCGAUUUCAUCGGUCCUCUACCGGAAGACGAAGGUAAAAACUGCAUUGUAACAUUCACCGACCGUCUAGGAAGCGACAUCCGAAUGGUAGCUACACACACCGAUCUCACAGCAGAACAACUGGCCAUUAUAUUCUUUGACGAAUGGUAUUGUGAGAACGGACUACCUUCUGACAUUGUCUCUGACAGGGACAAACUCUUCAUUUCACGAUUCUGGAAAGCAUUGCACCAACUAACUGGCGUAAAAUUGAAGAUGUCCACGGCGUACCACCCCGAAACGGAUGGAGCAAGUGAACGCACCAAUAAAACGGUAAACCAAUCCCUAUGUUUUCACGUUGAAAGAAAUCAACUAGGCUGGGCACGCGCUCUUCCCCGCAUCCGUUUCGACAUGAUGAACACGAUUAACAAAUCUACGGGCUUCACACCUUUCCAACUCCAUAUGGGGAGAAGCCCACGUGUUAUUCCGCCACUAGUUCCCGCGAAAUCCAAUGCGACUGUAACAGAUGUCGAUGCAUGGCACAUCAUUCGACAACUAGAAAUGGACGUUUUUGAAGCGCAAGAUAAUUUAUUACGCGCUAAGAUUUCUCAAUCCGUUCAAUCUAAUAAAAGUCGCUCACUUAAAUUCCCUUUCGAAAUAGGUAAUCGCGUACGUCUCUCAACGUCACAUCGUCGCAACGACUAUAAGGCGAAAGGCGAAAAACGCGUGGCAAAGUUCAUGCCCCGUUAUGACGGACCGUACACGAUUACCGAUGUUGAUGAAGAACACUCCACUGUCACCCUCAACUUGCCCAACUCUCCCAACAUAUUCCCCGUCUUCCACACAUCCGAAAUCCUCCCAUACACAGAAUCCGAUACAAACCUAUUCCCUUCUCGACAUUUGGAAGAACCUCCACCCAUUCUGACAGAGGACGGCGACGAGGAAUACGAAAUCGAAAGAAUAUUGGACGCACGCCGACGAGGACGGGGUUACCAAUAUCUCGUUCGUUGGAAGGGCUAUGGUACCGAGGAAGACAAAUGGUUACCUGGCUCCGAACUACAGAACUGCGAAGCGCUGGACGUCUGGCUGGAAUCGCGGGUGGGAUCACCUUUAUCAUAG